AUGUGGAGAAUUAGCAAGCAGAAGAACGUGUCAAAAACUGAGGAGGAAGGAAAAUUGAAGGAUGGAUCACUGUUUAACCGAGAUCCUUUCGAACAUAGGAAGGACAGAGAAUACUCCAACGUUAAUAAUGAUGAGGCUGAAGGGCGGUGGUGCUCAACCCCUGGUUCGCGGACCUCCGCGGCCACCCAAGGCAGACUGCGGUCCGCUGAAUUUAAGCUUUUGGAAAGGGAAGAAGAGGGUAGAGUGAAGGAACAACAGAUGCUGAAAAGGCUUAGACGGGACAAAAUCAGCUUGGAAAAAAGUUUACAAGCAUCAGAGCGCCAGGUGUCUGAAUUAAUGGGAAAACUUGACAGCUCUAAUGAAAGAGGUAAGUUAUCUGAUAAUCCUGAUGUGCUGAGUAUGGAGAAGAGCCUCAAUGACGCAGAACAGCGCAUUUCUAAGGCAGUUGAAAGACUGGAAAGGAAAAUAAUUAAGGAACUGGCAAGAGAUAAGGAGGAAGAGGAUGAUGAACCACCAAUGGCAUCACUCUACCCCCUGGUAGAUGCAGGGUCUAAGGGCUCCACUGAUGUCGGAUUCUUGGUUUCACACACCCCGAUUUCUUUUUCCAUUGAGUCUCAGGACCCCAUUUGGGUUCCCCAGUAUCCCACCAAGUUGAUGGCUGAGGAAGGUAUCUCUGAUACCAUCCAGGGUCUUUUAGAAUCUGGUGUUCUUAUUCCCACGUCCUCCCCUUGGAACACCCCCAUUUUGCCAGUCCCCAAGCCCGGCUCCACUAAGUAUCGCGUGGUUUAUGACCUAAGGGCUAUUAAUGAUGUUGUUACCACCUGUUUGCCUGUACCUAAUCCCCACACUGUCCUGUCUCAGCUCUCCCCUGAUCAGACUUGGUUCACUUGCAUUGAUUUGGCACAUGCUUUCUUCUGCCUUCCCCUGGCGAAAGAGUUGCGCCCUAUCUUUGCUUUCACAUUCAGAGGCUCACAAUAUACUUAUACGCGCCUCCCACAGGGUUUUGUUUUGUCACCAGGCCUCUUUAAUCAGGCCCUCAAACUGAUUUUAUCUGACAUCCAGCUCCCAGAUGGUACCACUCUUGUUCAGUAUGUAAAUGACAUACUCAUUGCCUCUACCACCUCUCAUUCAUGUUUACAAGUGUCUCUGGCCAUGUUACAAAAACUUGCUGAGGCUGGUUUCAAGGUCUGCCGCUCCAAACUCCAGCUCUGUAGGGCCACUGUCUCAUUCUUGGGCCGUACACUGUCUAGAUCUGGUACCUCCCUUUCUCCUGCUCACCGUGAUUCUAUUCUCCAUCAUCCUAAGCCCAGUACUGUCAAAGACAUGCUAUCUUUUCUUGGCCUCACAGGCUACAGCCGCCAGUAUAUUCCCAACUUUGUGGGCUUAACCGCCCCCUUGCGAGCAAUGGUUCACUCAUGUGGUAUGCGCAAUAUGGCUGCUUCUCUUCCCUGGGAUGUGCCAGCUGAAGAGGCUUUCAUACACCUCAAACAGGAACUUGCCCUUGCCUCAUUGGCAGCUCCAGACUAUACCCAGCCCUUCUCUUUGGAUGUUUCUGUCCAGAAUGGCAUUUGCAAUACCAUUCUGUACCAGAAAAAAGGGGGACAGAGGCAAGUGUUGAUGUAUGUUAGUACAGCCCUUGAUACUAUGGAAAAAAGACAUCCUGACCGCACACAACAUGCUGCAGCAGUCACCCGAGCUUUGGAGAAAACAGCUCACAUGGUACUGGGACACCCAGUAACGGUGCACACUUCACAUAGUGUAGUAGCAUAUGUACCAUCACAACUUUUUACAUUAACAUCACUAAGACAACAGAGGUUGUGCAAAACCCUGGAAGCCCCAAACAUCACUUUCAGCCAUGAGGGAAUCAAUAUGGCUGACCACAUGGCCUCAAAGGGGGAUCAGCGGCACAAAUCCACAGCGAAAUACCAGUGGUUCCAUACUCUCCUUGGCACCAAGCCAAAGAACUGGGGCCAAAGAUUAAGGCCCGUAGUGAAGUAUCUGAUUGGACUUCUACUCAACUUCCUGGGCUCCACUGAUGUUGGAUUCUUGGCCUCGCACACUCCGAUUUCUUUUUCCAUUGAGUCUCAGGACCCCAUUUGGGUUCCCCAGUAUCCCACCAAGUUGAUGGCUGAGGAAGGUAUCUCUGAUACCAUCCAGGGUCUUUUAGAAUCUGGUGUUCUUAUUCCCACGUCCUCCCCUUGGAACACCCCCAUUUUGCCAGUCCCCAAGCCCGGUUCUACUAAGUACUGUGGGUGGCUGUGGCUCACGAGCUCCCAGAUGGUUGUGGCAUUAACAGAAGCACUCAAUUACGCCAGAGACCAGGCAGUGACAGUUUUUUCUGAUUCUGCGUAUGCAGUGGGUGCUGCACUUGUGGAACUACCCCAGUGGGAAAGAGCAGGUUUUCUAACGGCUGGAGGAAAACCAAUACACCACCAAGAGGCCAUGAGAGCUCUCGCUGAAGCGCUGCGACAACCCAGUGUGGUGGCGGUGGUUAAGUGCAAGGGACACAGCACAGGAAAAGACCAGGUAAGCAGGGGAAACCAGGCAGCAGAUGCUGCAGCAAAAAAGGCGGCAGGAUACAGACCUCAGAGUAUGCUUGUUGCACAGGGCGAGGGAGAUCCACCAGUUAUGUGGAUAUUGGAUAGUGAAAGGGUGAAAGCAGAACAAGGGAAGGCUUCCCCUGAGGAACGAACUGUCUGGGUAGAAAGAGGUGGCUGUCAGACUAGGUCUGGCCUAUGGGUAGGUCCAGAUGGACGCCCGAUCUUGCCUUCAGGCUUGAGAGCAACUGCUCUGGCAGAGGCACACGGUCUCAGCCAUGUGGGGGAUUUGCAGAUGGUGAGAAAUUUGUGCCAUUGGUGGCACCCUUUCCUGCAAGACAUGAUGAAAAAUUAUGUUAGGGAAUGCUCUAUUUGUUCACAUUUUAAUCUUAGACCCACUGUAAGGCCUGAGCAGGGUGGGUUCCCUAUCAUGACAAGGCCAGGACAGGAAGUGACUAUUGACUACACAGACAUGGGGAACACAGUGAGGGGUAUGAGAUAUCUCUUGGUAUGUGUGGAUAAACUUACUGGCUGGCCAGAAGCAUGGCCAGCUAAAAGGGAGGACAGCAGAACAGUGAUCAAACACCUCAUUAAUGAUUAUAUACCACGACAUAGAUUCCCUGAAAAAAUCAGGUCAGACAAUGGUACCCACUUCAGAAACAAAGACCUGCAGGAGGUGGAAGCAGCUCUAGGGCUGAAACAUGGGUUUGGGAGUGUUUAUCACCCCCAGUCACAAGGGAAAGUAGAGCGAAUGAACACCCUCACAAAAUUGGCUGAAAUCUGUGCACAGACCAAACUGAAUUGGGUAGACGCUCUCCCACUGGCCCUCAUGUCAGUAAGACAGUCUGUUAAUUCCUCCACUGGAUUCACUCCAUAUGAGCUCAUCACUGGCAGACAGUUUCCAGGACCAGCAUCCAAGCUAACAUGGGUUUCAGGUAAGCCAGACACACACAACACCCAACAACUGUAUGAACAAUUAAAAUCUCUUGUUCACAGCUACCAGUCUAGCUACUGUCGCGACCAUACUGAUCCACACACGGCUGAAUGGGUCCAGUUGAAAGUGAUAAAGAGGAAGUGGAGUGAGCCACGGUGGACAGGACCAUACAAGGUGACUGAGAGAACAUCGCACGCAGUUCGCCUUCAGGGCAAGGGAGAAACGUGGUACCACUGGAGCCAGUGUGCCCCUGCGGAGGCACCGACAAGACCUCUGACAGAAGUCCAGGCAGACCUUAAACAGGUGAGAGAAGGGGCAGAAUAAUCCCCUCACCUGUUUGACACACAGGCAGUCUACCCUGUUGUGUUGAAGACAGAAGACCAGGCAUAGAAGCAGACGAGCAGGUGACAACCUACAUGAGCAGUGACAGCUGCCCUGACCAUUUGGUGCCGUGGGAAGACGAAGAUCUCUACACUCAAGAUAUUAUUCAAUACAGAGACAAAGACACUUUCUCCCCCUCCCCACCGGUUCCUAAACUAAGCUUCAUUACUGCAUGGGAUACUGUAAGUGUGAUAUUUUUGGACAAUUACUCCAACCCCCAAGGUUUCCAUUUGCUACUGAUUUUACACCUGAAACUAGAUAUUUUUGUAAGGUGAAAGUGGGACCAUUUACAUUCACAGUAGGAAGUGACAGGGGAAGAGUGACCUUCAUAGAUGAUGAUGUGAAAGGCCCAAGUAAGCAUUCCCAUCAUUUUGUACAUCAUUGGGCAAAUAUUCACUUAAAUCAGGACUGCCUAUACUCAGGGGAACUUAAUUACCCGGGUAGCCCCAAGCAGAAGAAACUAAAAUGGUUUGGCAUGGUCGAUACCCACCCCCCAGGGGGGUUUUGGGCAUUCUCAUAUUAAUAACCUUGCUGGUUGUUACUCCCAUACUCUGGUGGGAGAAACAUGCUUGUACCACAUUAAGUAAAAGAAAUCUGAACCAGCAGAAGGAGCCUGACUAAGUAUGGAGGGCUAGAAUUAAAGUAUGUGAAAGGCACAAAUGUAAGUUAUCAGUUUCAUUGGUGUGAUGUGAUAUCCUGUGGGAAAGAGGAUAAAUGUGAGUAGGGAGAACAUGAUAUCUAUCUGUGCCCAAACUCCUUACGUAAUCUUGGCUGUCAAAGGAAACGGACAGGAUCCGGUGCAGGGUGUGACAACUGGGGUCAGGUGUCUCAUUGGACCGGACAGGGAUGGAUGGUCACCACCGGGGUUGGGUCUGACCAGGUCAGCUCAGAGUAAGAUAAAAUUCACCAAAGGUCAGUUACAGUAUACAACCAAAGGUCAGUUAAGAUGUAACUUGUUGCUUCUCUCCAUAUUCGAUCUCAAGGAUCCGGAUAUCAGCCCGGGUAGUUCAGGAACACAUUACCUUGCGGGGAUCUGGACCAAUCUGGCUACACGCACGAAUGACACUCUUUACUUUGUCUUGGGGGUGGACCGAGUUGGCAGGGAUCCCAAGGGCCUGAUAAAGCUAAGUUUCCAGAAUCCAAAAACCCAGACAGAAAGUUCACAGCUGCAGACUAAGUCCUCCCAAGAUGUGUCAGGAGGGAGUACAUCCCCUGAGGUAAUCCCCAUAGACUACAACAAAAUUACUCAUAGAGAUUUAAUCAAGUUGGCCACGGGCUAUGAUGAGAAAAAUGUUUGGCUUGAUUGGCUUACCAAAACUGCUAAAGAACAGGGUAUGGAGGAUUGUGUGGCCUGUGCUUC